AUGCCUUGGCACAGGGUCAUCUGCUGUUUGCUGUCUUUGGAAGCUCUCCUGCUGCUUGCCAGUUGCGGUGGAGGCAGCGACCAGAGAAGAGGAGCAGAGAGCGGAAUCGGCACCUCCAAUGCCAAAGCUAGUGGUGGAGGUGGCGGUGGCGGCAGCGGCGGUAGCGGGAGCAGUCGGAAAUAUCACCGGAUUCAGCACGGUCAAUGUACUUACACCUUCAUUCUCCCAGAAGGGGAAGGGAACGGCGCCGCAUCUUGCCGGGAGACCAAAGCUGGCACCCAGUACAAUGCCAACGCGCUCCAAAGAGACGCCCCUCCACCUGAGCAAGAUCUUUCCAGUCAGAAGAUCCAACAGCUGGAGCACGUUAUGGAGAAUUAUACACAGUGGCUGCAGAGGAUUGAAAACUACAUUAAAGAGAGCAUGAAGGCAGAGAUGGCCCAGCUACAACAGAGUGCUGUGCACAACCACACUGCAGCCAUGUUAGAGAUGGGCACUAGCCUGCUCUCCCAGACGGCGGAGCAAACACGGAAGUUAACGGAUGUGGAGACUCAGGUUCUGAACCAAACUUCGAGGCUUGAGAUUCAGCUGCUGGAGAACUCGCUGUCCACCAACAAGCUUGAGAAACAGCUCUUGGUGCAGACCAACGAGAUCAACAAGCUUCACGACAAGAAUGGGUUCCUGGAGCUGAAAAUGCAGGAGAUGGAGUCGAGACACAGGGAAGAGCUGGAGGUUUUGAGAGAGGAGAAGAGCAGUCUGCAGGUUCUGGUUGGCAGACAGAGUGCUGUGAUCCGUGAGCUGGAGGCCCAGUUGGGCCGGGCCACAGGAAACAGCACCGCCUUGCAGAGACAGCAGCAGGACCUGAUGGAGACCGUCCACAACCUGAUCAACCUCUGCUCUAAGGAUGGAGUGGUGACAAACAACACGAAGCAAGUGGACGAGGAGAAAAAAUUCCGGGACUGCGCUGAUCUCUUCCAAGCAGGUUUCCAGAAGAGCGGAGUGUACACCAUUCAUAUCAGCGUGCAGGAAACCAAAAAGGUGUACUGUAAUAUGGAAUCUGCGGGCGGAGGUUGGACAGUGAUCCAGCAUCGCGAGGAUGGCAGUGUCGAUUUCCAAAGGACGUGGAAGGAGUACAAGAUGGGUUUCGGGAGCGUGUCAGCCGAGCACUGGUUGGGGAAUGAGUUUGUGUACAUGCUCACGAGUCAAAAGCAGUACGUUCUCCGAGUGGAGCUGACGGACUGGGACGGACAUCAGGCCUUCUCCCAGUACGACCGCUUUCAGAUUGGCAGCGAGAAACACAACUACAGGUUGUUCCUGAAGAGUCAUAGCGGGACAGCUGGAAGACAAAGCAGUCUGGUGAUUCACGGAGCUGAUUUCAGCACAAAAGACAUGGACAAUGACAACUGCAUGUGCAAGUGUGCACUCAUGCUAACUGGCGGCUGGUGGUUUGAUGCCUGUGGUCCUUCUAACCUUAACGGGAUGUACUACACACAGGGGCAACAUGUUGGGAAACUCAAUGGCAUCAAAUGGCACUACUUCAAAGGACCCAGCUAUUCCCUCCGUGCCACUACCAUGAUGAUUCGUCCCUUGGAUUUCUCCUAA